AUGAUCUUCCUCGCGUCCCGUCAGUGCUCUGCAACUCUCCACCGGAGACUAUGGUCAAGCCAGAAGCCCCAAGCUAAUUUCUUGGGGCGACAUGUACUACAGCCUUGGCCAUACCAUAGUUCGCGAAUAAGCGCGUCUCAGCAACGAUUCAUCACCAGUGUAUCCGACCAACAACGUCCACCUCCCGCAACCUGGCUGGACAAAAUUCCGUCGAAAGCACGUCCAUAUCUUGCUCUCACCAGGAUCGACAAACCCAUUGGAACACUGCUCCUAUUUUACCCAUGUGCAUGGUCUAUCACGAUGGCCUCAUACGCCUUGCAAGCACCCAUCAGCACGCCGCUGACUUACCUCGGCUUGUUUGGUAUCGGAGCGCUCAUCAUGCGCGGUGCCGGAUGCACCAUUAAUGACAUGUGGGACAGGAAUCUAGACAAGUCCGUUGCCAGGACCCUGGACCGCCCUUUGGCCCGUGGAGACAUCACGUCGAGGCAGGCGCUGGCAUUCCUCGGUGCCCAGCUGAGUGUAGGUCUGGGCGUGUUGCUGCAGUUGAACUGGUAUAGCAUUUUGCUCGGAGCUUCUUCCCUGUCGGUGGUCACGCUUUACCCCUUAAUGAAACGCGUCACCGACUGGCCACAAGCUGUCCUAGGUCUCGCGUUCAACUGGGGCGCAAUGCUCGGUUGGUCAGCAGUAGCAGGCUCUGUAGACUGGUCAGUCUGCCUCCCACUGUAUGCCGGCGGUGUCUGCUGGACGCUCGUCUACGACAGCAUCUACGCCCAUCAAGACAAAACUGAUGACGCCAAGAUCGGUAUCCGGUCUACUGCCCGCCUCUUUGGCGAGAACACGCGCCCCAUCCUUGCGGGGCUCUCAGCAUCGACUGUUUCUCUUAUCGGCUACAGUGGCAUAAUGAAUGCCCAGGGACCCGUAUUCUACCUGGGCCUCACAGCAGCGGCCCUACAGCUUGGGCGUGUUGUAUGGAAGACUGACUUUGAUAGCCGCCCUAGCUGCUGGAAAGGCUUCGUCGGGUGCGGAUGGUCGGGAUUCUGGGUUUGGAUGGGUGCACUAGGUGAUUACUGCCUAAUGGCACUUGCCUAGAUAUCCAGCUAGGAGUAACAAUGAGUGAAGUGUGGCAUUGUCAUAACUAAAGCAUUGAAUAUAGGACAUGGCUGUCCCGCAAAAGCUGGGGGUGGUACAGUAAAAAUAUGCGAGGGACAAAAUACAAAUUGUGUCGUGACGGAACAUGGCAAGAUCCCAAAAGAACUAAUUGCGGGGGGAAAUGAAUGAGCGGGACCUAACUCUAUAUGAAAGAAAAACGGGGGCAUUGAUAUAGAAUGAGUAGAGCUAAAAGAAGGUUUAAGGGGUGGACGGCGAGGAUCGGUUUUGGUAGGAAGAAAGGGCAGUUCGAGACCUGAGCCAGCCCUUGAAGGAUACCACACCCAUAGCCCAGCAAAAGACGAAGCAAGUAAUUGCGACGGCAAC